CGGUAAGCCUGCAAACACCUAUACCUACAGCAAUAGGUGCUUUCCGGCAUCUUAAUCAGAUCCCCCGCCUACGGAAAGUAUACUCCGGCCUUUUCGACCACUUUCGCGGCUCGUGCAUAGCUGACAGGUAACUAUUUCGGGUCAUAUACCCUGUAUCGCAUUAAAUGUCGCGCUUACCUCAACUCUCAACUCCUGGACGUCCUUCACCAACAACAGGUAUCCCAACGCCUACUGCUCGUCGUCCGCGAUCAUCUCUCGGUCCAGGCCAAUCCGGCACAGCUGUUUCAGAUGAUCUCAUGGAUAGAGCCUUCCAAGAAGCUUUGAGGAAUCGACCACCAAGCAGUCUCCGGAGCAAUGGCUCUCCCAAUGAACUUUCAGAAAGCACAACAUCAACAUCACAUCUCGCUGCACCCCCUACGGCAUAUGGUCUUGCUGCACCUCGAACUCCAGGGAUCCGCCCUCGUACUCCUUCGGCCCUUGGGUUAGGUGCGCCCGUUACACCUUCUGCAGCAAGCAGGAGUGUAUCUCGAGCCGGACUUGGUGUCCGUUCAUCCCUGUCGACUUCCACAACAACUCCCUUUACCCCCCGCCGGACGUCACUUGCUUCUUCAACCAUAUCUUCUACUCCAUUCGCUCGCCGGUCAGAAUCAAGAGCGUCGGAGAGAGAACCAACUUCUGCAAAGUGGGUACCUACAGUUGGAGAAAGAGUGAGAAUCAGUAGUAUGGGAUAUGAGGGUGUUCUACGGUUUUACGGCACGACCGAAUUCAAAGAGGGUAUAUGGGCUGGCGUAGAGCUUGAGGGAGGUUUUAAGGGAAAAGGGAAGAAUGACGGUACUGUUGAAGGAGUUCAAUACUUUUCUUGCCCACCCAAAUGCGGUAUUUUUGUUACCGCCGUCAAGUUAUCACCACCCACUACCGGUACUUCUAGACCCGCUUCAGUUGCCUCAUCUCACCGUUCAACAGCCUCAUAUUCUCUGUCUGGACGCGCCACCCCUUCCGUCUCUGGACGUGCUACUCCAUCCAUCUCUGGUCGAGCGACCCCUUCUCGUCCACCGUCAGUCACCCCCGGUCGCGUAACACGCACAGUCUCUACAGCUCAUCGUACACGUCCAAGCAUAUCCGGCGCUGACGAUGAAACGCUUCCAGCUCGUACCGCCCUUGGUAACAGCACAAACGCGAAUAACGGCAUCGACUCGCGGAUCACUGCUGGCUCGCGCGCCAGCAGAUACAUCGGUAUGACUGCCAAACAACUUGACAAUGCCCGUGCUGUAACCACAGCGCCAGCAUCAAAGCUCGCUGCUAGCACUUCUACUGUCAAUGGCCAAACACCCAGGGUUUCCCGUGUAUCUAUGGGAAUGGGUGGUACACCUGCCCGAUCUCGGCAAAGUAUGGGUGGGCUUGUUACUCCUCGUGUACGACCUCGAGCAAGUGGAAUAGGAGACAUGCCUCCGCCGCCUAGUCCAGGUAAUAUCAAUCGCGUCCUGACUGCGAGACAAAUAGAAGCGCUCGAAGAGGAGAUUCGUGAACUGAAGAGGCGGAAUGGGGAACUGGAGGAGGACUUAAAAAGGAUGCCCGAGCUACGGGAUGAAGACGUUACUGAGAUGGAGACGUUGAGACAAGAGACGGAGCGAUCAAAACAGGAGUUGGAAUUUUUGAAGACCCAGCUCGAGACGUCUGAUACCAACGCCACCGAUGCGGUCAGGAUUCUUGAAGAACUGCAAGCGGAACAUACCGCUCAACAAGAGGAACUUGAAGCGAAGCUUAGAGAGAUUGGGGACCUCAAAAAAGAGUUGAAACUUGCAAAUGAGAGGGCAGAGGAGGAACUGGCUGCGGGCGCCGAAGCUAGAAAGGAUGAAGUUCAAAAGAUGCUAGAAAGGGCCCAAACAGCAGAAGCCGAAGUGAACUCGAUGCAGGUGCUCGUGGACGACCUCACGGACGCCGGGCGACAGAUGAUAUCACUCAAUGAGACCAAGCAGUUUGAGCUCGAAGAGCGAAUUCGAGAGCUUGAGGAUAAGAAUCGAUCCCUCGAUGAGAAACUUCAAAAAGCUCGUGAAGAGCAAGAAAAGGCCCUCUUGCCUCCUUCCCCUUCUAGUCGUCAACGUGAGGCAGCCACAGCGGCUGAAAUCGACAAUGAAACACUCAAUGCGCAAGUCAAGCAUCUUCAGAACAAACUGAAUCUUUUGGAAGAAGAACUUGAAGAAGCAAGGGCGCAGGCAGAGACUGACGCGGAGACUUGGAAGGGUAAGUUGAACCGAGCCAAGGACGGAGAAAAGGCUGCCAAAGAGGAAAUCGUUGCAUUGAAACUCGAGAUCAAGGAAUUGAAGGAACAGGCGAAUGGAGCUCGAGGGAAGAUUGGAGAACUGGAAGGUGCUCUCAAGGAAAAUCAAGCCGCCCUCGAAGGUGCCAGGGCAGAGAUUGAGAGUCUUCGGACUGAGGCAGCUGAAGCAGCAAGCUUGCGAACGACAUUACAGGCCGCAAAUGCCAACGAAAAGGCAUUGUCCGUCGCUCAAGAAGAAAUCAAGAAACUCAAAACAGAGCUUGCUGCUGCGACCAAUGCCGAGGCCAAGGUCGUCUCCGAUGCCAAGGACCAAAUCAACGAUUUGGAGGCCAAGAUUGCUUCUCUCGAGGCCGAAAUUACCACUCUCAAGCAAACUGCCGAAAGCAACAUCGAAAACAAUCUCCCUACUUCUCGGCCAAAACUUUCCAAUUCAUCGACUUCUUCGGAAGACGCCGAGAAAAAGCUUAUUGGGUUCCAGCAUAUCGUCCAAGAGUUGUCUACUGAGAAUGCUGAUCUCAAGGAACAGUGCGAGAGCUUGAGGGAAGAGAUUUCAUUGAUGAAAGAGGAGGUUAAAUUGUUGGAGGAGGCUGCGGCGGAUAUUCCUGGUGUCCAAGGUAAUCAGAAAGAGUUACUGGCGGCCAAGGCGACCAUCAAAGAUCUUAACCGGGAAGUCGCUGAACUCGAAGCGCUCGUCGAGUCCAAGAUCUACCGCGAAGACGAGCUCGAAACCCGUGCCGCCGAACUUGAACGAGAGAUUGAGCGGUACAGAUCAUCUUCCAAGAGGUCCAAGGGCGAGCCUCCUUAUUCUGCUGCGGCCACUACAUUUUCACAUGCUUCCGAUGGUCAAUCAUCAAGUAUCGCGAUCGGAGGAUCAAGAGGUACCGGAGAAGGUACGGAGAGAUGUGAACUUUGUGAGGGACCUCAUGAUUUGGAUGCUUGCCCUGUGUUUGCCGGGAACGUCUCCACGGAGGGAACUAAGAAGGGUGGCAGGUGGUGCGCCGAUUGCGAAAGCAACGAGCAUGACACAUCAGAAUGCCCUAUGGCAGAAGACGUAUUUUAAUCUCAUCUCUUGUUCCUACCAUCAAUUUUGAAAGAUCCACGUUUAUAUUGAACGGACUUGUGCACUUUUUAGGUUUAGCAUAUUGUAGAGUAGGGUUUCAAUGC